AUGGAAGAAGUUGGAACCGCUGGAAAUACUCUGGGACCUACAGAAAUAGACUCUGACGAACAGAGCACUUUCCUAAGGAUCUGCCGUACGGGAAGUAUCUACGAGCUGAUGGAAGUUAUACCUUUUAUCAAAGACAGGAAUCUACUACAUCGUUACGAUCGCCAUGGAAGACAGUGCAUUCAUACGGUAGCAUGGCAUGACAAAGCUAAUGCUGCCAUGAAAAUUGAAAUACUCAUGCAAUCUGGAGCCAACAUCAGUGCUAAAGAACUUGGAACUGGAAACACAUUACUUCAUAUUGCUGCCAGUACUGAAAAUUACCUACUGACCGACUGGUUUUGCCAACAGCUCGGGGUGGACCUUGGAGCCAAUAAUGAUCAGCACGAAACUGCUUAUUAUCUUGCGUACAAGGUUCGAGAUCAAAAAAUGAUAAAGCUUCUAAAAGCCCAUGGAGUCAUGUAUAACGAUACUUUAAGUGUGAAACUGUUCUGAUAAUUUA